UCACUGAAUCACUCUCUUCCUCUUUAAGGGAAUACCAUUUUUCCACUGUGGUGAUGAAUUACUACGCUCAAAAUCAAUGGAUCGUGAUUCAUACAACUCUGGUGAUUGGUUCAACAGACUCGACUUCACUUACAUGACAAAUAAUUGGGGCGUUGGCCUUCCUCCAAAAGAGAAGAAUGAAUACAAUUGGCCUCUAAUAAAACCAAGACUGGCCGAUCCCUCCUUCAAACCUAGUAAAAGUCACAUUCUUGCUGCUGUGGAAAAUUUUACAAAUCUGUUACAAAUCAGAUACUCUUCACCACUUUUUCGUUUGAAGACAGCUAAUGCUAUCCAGAAACGGGUCCGUUUCCACAAUACAGGCACGUCGCUUAUACCUGGAGUCAUAGUGAUGAGCAUUGAAGAUGGGCAGGAAGGCAUUCCUGGGUUAACCCAGCUGGAUCCCAUUUACUCCUACAUUGUUGUUGUGGUUAAUGCACGCCCAUCUGAGAUUUCAUUUCCUUGUCCUGCAUUGCGCGCAAGAACUCUCCAAUUACAUCCCAUUCAGUUGAUGUCAACCGAUCCAAUGGUUAAAAAUUCAGCUUACGAGCCAUCCACAGGAUGCUUCAUGGUGCCCUCAAGAACCACAUCAGUAUUUGUGGAGCUACGGUAGCAUGAGUAGCCUCAUCCUCCGGAAUGGUACUCCCUUAUUCUUAUUCCAUUUCAAAGUGUGAUGAAUAUAAAUUCAUCAUAGCACUAUAUGUUAAAUCAAAAAGUCUAAGUUCAUAGAUAAUUUUUUAAUAUAUAUGUCACAAGAAACUCAAUAAGUGUCCUGCCAAUACUAUAAAAAGACAAUCACAAUAAGAGUUGGAAUACAAGUCCUCUUACUCUAAUGUUAUGUCACAUCAUGAAAUUUAUCAA